GUUCAUCAUCGGGAACGCGCGAGUGGAGAACUGCGCCGUGAUCUACUGCAACGAGGGCUUCUGCCGGCUCUGCGGGUACUCGCGGGCCGAGGUGAUGCAGCAGCCCAGCACCUGCGACUUCCUGCACGGGCCCCGCACGCAGCGCCGCGCCGCCGCCCAGAUCGCACAGGCGCUGCUGGGCGCCGAGGAGCGCAAGGUGGAGAUCUGCUUCUACCGCAAGGAUGGCAGCUCCUUCCCGUGCCUGGUGGACGUGGUGCCAGUGAAGAACGAGGAUGGCACCGUCAUCAUGUUCAUCCUCAACUUCGAGGCCGUGAGGGAGCCUGAGCCCGGGGAGGCCCCGACCCCCAGCACCAACCACUGGGUCACCCCGGCCCCCUGGGGCCCUGCAGGGCGCAGCCGGUCCCUGCGGCUGAAGCUGCUGGCGCUCACGGGCAGCCGCCAGUCGCUGCCCCCCGAGCCCCCGGAGCCGCCGGACGUGGUGGUCGUGGACCCGGGGGUCAUGGAGCCUCUGGCCACGGAGCCGGCCCCGGCCGCCAGCGAUUCGGGCCCCGAGGACGCCUCCUCGUCGCUGGAGCCCGGAGCCGGGGACCGUCCCGAGGACGAGGCGGCGCUGAUGGGGGACCCCGAGCCGCCGGUGACGCAGUCCUCGCCGCGGGCCGAGCGCCUGGCGCUGGCCUUCGCCAACCACAGCCUGGCCCGGAGCCGCUCUCGGGAGCGCCGGUCCCGGGAGAGCCUCCGCAGCCUCCGCCGGGCCUCGUCCGUCGAUGACAUCGAGGCCAUGAAGGGGGACGGGGACAAGCGCUGCCACAGCCGCCACGCCAGCGCCAGCGCCGGCACCGGCCUGCACCGCGGCUCCAGCACCGGCGCGGUGGCCGCCGUGCGCAGCGCGCUGCUCAACUCCACGUCGGACUCGGACCUGGCGCGGUUCCGGGCCAUCGGCCGCAUCCCCCAGAUCACCCUCAACUUCAUGGACCUGCAGCCGGGGGGGCUCCUGGCCCCGCCGCCGGCCCCCCGGCCCAUCAUCGCCCCCACCAAACUGCGCGACCGCACCCACAACGUCACCGAGAAGGUCACUCAGGUGCUGUCCCUGGGUGCUGAUGUGCUCCCCGAGUACAAGCUGCAGGCGCCGCGCAUCCACCGCUGGACCAUCCUGCACUACAGCCCCUUCAAGGCCGUGUGGGACUGGCUGAUCCUGCUGCUGGUCAUCUACACGGCCAUCUUCACGCCCUACUCGGCCGCCUUCCUGCUCAGCGACUCGGAGGAGGCGCAGCGGCACCACUGCGGCUACUCCUGCAGCCCGCUCAACGUGGUGGACCUGAUCGUGGACAUCAUGUUCAUCAUCGACAUCCUCAUCAACUUCCGCACCACCUACGUCAACUCCAACGAGGAGGUGGUCAGCCACCCCGCCAAGAUCGCCAUCCACUACUUCAAGGGCUGGUUCCUCAUCGACAUGGUGGCCGCCAUCCCCUUCGACCUGCUCAUCUUCGGCUCUGGCUCCGAGGAGACCACGACGCUGAUCGGGCUGCUGAAGACGGCGCGGCUGCUGCGGCUGGUGCGGGUGGCGCGGAAGCUGGACCGGUACUCGGAGUACGGGGCGGCCGUGCUGUUCCUGCUGAUGUGCACCUUCGCCCUGAUCGCGCACUGGCUGGCCUGCAUCUGGUACGCCAUCGGCAACGUGGAGGGGCAGCGCACGGGCUGGCUGCACGCGCUGGGACAGCAGAUCGGCAAGCCCCUGAACGGCAGCUUCGGGCCCUCCAUCAAGGACAAGUACGUCACGGCGCUCUACUUCACCUUCAGCAGCCUCACCAGCGUGGGCUUCGGCAACGUGUCCCCCAACACCAACUCCGAGAAGAUCUUCUCCAUCUGCGUCAUGCUGAUCGGAUCGCUGAUGUACGCCAGCAUCUUCGGGAACGUGUCGGCCAUCAUCCAGCGGCUGUACUCGGGCACGGCGCGCUACCACACGCAGAUGCUGCGCGUGCGCGAGUUCAUCCGCUUCCACCAGAUCCCCAACCCGCUGCGCCAGCGCCUCGAGGAGUACUUCCAGCACGCCUGGUCCUACACCAACGGCAUCGACAUGAACGCGGUGCUGAAGGGGUUCCCCGAGUGCCUGCAGGCCGACAUCUGCCUGCACCUGAACCGCAGCCUGCUGCAGAACUGUGCCCCGUUCCGCGGCGCCACCAAGGGCUGCCUGCGGGCGCUGGCCAUGAAGUUCAAGACCACCCACGCGCCCCCCGGGGACACCUUGGUGCACGCCGGGGACGUGCUCACCGCGCUCUACUUCAUCUCCCGCGGCUCCAUCGAGAUCCUGCGCGGCGACGUCGUGGUCGCCAUCCUGGGUAAGAACGACACCUUCGGGGAGCCGCUGCACCUGCACGCCCGGCCCGGGAAGUCGCGGGCGGACGUGCGGGCUCUCACCUACUGCGACCUGCACAAGAUCCUGCGCGAGGACCUGCUCGAGGUGCUCGACAUGUACCCCGAGUUCUCCGACCGCUUCUGGGGCACCCUCGAGAUCACCUUCAACCUGCGCGACACCAACAUGAUCCCCGGCUCCCCGGGCAGCGACGAGCUGGACGGAGGCUUCUCCCGCCUGCGGCGCCGCAAGCUCUCCUUCCGCCGGCGCCCCGAGAAAGACGCCGCCAGUCCCGGGGAGUCCCGGGCGCUGCGGGGGGACGGCGGCGGGGGCCAAGCGCCCGGAGCCCCCCGAGGCCCGGCCGAGUGGGACCCCCCCAGCCCCUCCAGCUGCGGCUCCAGUGACGAGGAGGAGCCCCCCGCGCCCCCCCCGGGCGCCACCGCGCUGUCCCCGUUCCGCAGCGCCGCCCCGGCGCCGCCCGAGCCCGAGGAGCGGGAGGGCAGCGACAUGUGCAACCCCCUCUCAGGCGCCUUCUCGGGGGUCUCCAACAUCUUCAGUUUUUGGGGUGACACCCGAGGCCGCCAGUACCAGGAGCUCCCCCGUUGUUCCCACGGGGCUCCCCCAAAUCCCCCCCCGACCCUGACCCGCCGCCAGCGCUCCGACCUGGAAUCCCGCUUGGAUCUGCUCCAGAAACAGCUCAACAGGCUGGAGUCCCGGCUGAGCUCGGACAUCUCCUCCAUCGUGCACCUGCUGCAGCGCCAGGUGCUGGUGCCCCCCGCCUACAGCGCCGUGACCUCCCCGCACCAGCCCCCGCCGGGGCCGCUGCCCCCCACCCUGCCCAUCACCCCCAUCCGCCCGCUCGCUCAGGUCCCGCGCCCCCCGCGCGCCCCGGACCCCCCGGACGUGGUGCUGCUGCUGGAGCCGCCCCCCCCGCGGCGCCGCUCCCUGCCCGGGGCGCUGCCCCCGCCCGCGGGGACCCCCCCGGGGACCCCCCCGCUGCAGAGACACUGCUCCGACCCCGGCAGCUAAUGGGAGCGCCGGGGCGCGGCGGGACCCCCGGAGCCACGGGACCCCCGACCCCGGAAAGCGGGACCCCCGCAGCCCUCGGAGCCCAGGACGUGGGACCCCUGGGGCCCUCAGAGCGCGAGACACGCGACCCCCAGAGCCCAGCACGGGGAACCCCCGAGCCCGGAGUGUGGGAGCCCCGGAGCCCUCAGCCCUGGACGCCGCCGCCCGGGACCCCCGGAACCCUGCAAGUCCUGGAGCCCUGGGACCCCCAGCCCUGGAAGGUGGGACCCCCAGAGUCCUCGGAGCUCCCCACCCUGGCACCUGGGAGCCCUGGGAGCCCUGGGGGCUGGCACGUGGGACCCCCAGAGCUGCAGGACCCCUGUCCCCAGCAUGUGGGACCCCCAGAGCCCAGGCCAUGGGACAUGCAGAGCCCUGGGGCCCCUGAGCCCGGAAUGGGGGGACACAGAGCCCCCAGCCCAGGGUCCCCAGAGCCCUGGGACCCCUGAGGGUGGGGACACAGAGCCCCCAGCCCUGGGGUCCCCAGAGCCUUCCCGGGCCUGGCCCGCCGGGGCUCCGGCCCCACGGACACUGCCCUCGGUGCCGGCGGCCCGCGGGGGAGCUCGGGGCCGCCGGGACCCCCCGUUACCCCGCCUCACCCCAGGGCCCCUGCCCGGACUGUCAGACUGUGCUGCUC